AUGGACAGAUGGACAGACGGACAGACGGACAGACGGACAGACGGACAGACGGACAGACGGACAGACGGACAGACGGACAGACGGACAGACGGACAGACGGACAGACGGACAGGCGGACAGACGGACAUGCGGACAGAUGGACAUGCGGACAGACGGACAGACGGACAGACGGACAGGCGGACAGAUGGACAGACGGACAGACGGACAGACGGACAGACGGACAGACGGACAGACGGACAGGCGGACAGACGGACAGGCGGACAGAUGGACAUGCGGACAGACGGACAGACGGACAGACGGACAGGCGGACAGACGGACAGACGGACAGGCGGACAGACGGACAGGCGGACAGAUGGACAGGCGGACAGGUGGACAGACGGACAGGGGGACAGACGGACAGAUGGUCAGACGGACAGACGGACAGACAGACAGACGGACAGUCGGACAGACGGACAGACGGACAGACGGACAGAUGGACAGACGACGGACAGACGACGGACAGACGGACAGUUGGACAGACGGACAGGGGGACAGGAGACAGGCGGACAGAUAGUCAGACGGACAGACGGACAGACGGACAGACGGACAGUUGGACAGACGGACAGACGGACAGAUGGUCAGACGGACAGACGGACCGACGGACAGACGGACAGAUGGUCAGACGGACAGACGGACAGACGGACAGAUGGACAGACGGACAGACGGACAGUUGGACAGACGGACAUACGGACAGACAGACAGACAAACAGAAACAGAUAA